CACCAUUCCAGACCUAUGGGUUCACAUAAUGUUCUUCUGGAAGAGGCGAGAGAGAGAGAGAGGGAGAUGUUGAAAAAGACCAUUUUUCAAAAGACUAAACCUUAAAUCUCUUCACACUGAAUCACCUUCAUCUGCCUGAAUGCUGUCUGGAUUUUCAAAUUUGUUACAUCUGUGGCCAUGAAUUUGUCUUCCAGUCAACACUAAAUCAGAAAUGCUUUGAAGGAUGAUGUCAUGGAGAUAAAAAGAUAAAACAAAACAAAAAGGCAAAACAAAAAAACUGCAACAAAAAACUCCCACAAACCCUUGCCACUGAAACAUCACAAUCAGAUUGCUGGAAAUAUGCCUCAACUCCAUGCAGCUCCCCUAUACUCUGAUAACUUCUGCCCUGCGAAGCAAAGUCAACAAAAAUGAGCAUCACAUUGAAAAAAGGCCAUCUCAAGUAAAGUAGAGAGAACAUUCCUGGAACAUUGUAUUCUUCAUGGAAACAACUGUAAAGAAAAAGAGUUUGAGCAAGCAUAAUAAAAGUCCGCCAAGUGCUGGAAGGGAACCUGCUAAUAUCUCUACCAUCCUGCCUUCAAAACAGAUUGCGAAACCCAGUGUGUCAGAUCUUCCCACAGUUUUGCCAGAAAUAGUGAGUUUAGAUUCCAUAGUAAAAGCAAGCCCUGGGAAAAGGAGACCAGGCACUGUAAUAAUAUCAAAACGGUCGAACACUACAAACAUGUCUCAGAGUCAGUUGAAUCGCCCAGUCAUUCCAUCAAAGAGACCCGGCUUUAGGGUGUGCUAUAUCUGUGGCAGAGAAUUUGGGUCACAAUCUCUUGCCAUACAUGAACCCAAAUGCUUGGAGAAGUGGCGUAUUGAAAAUGACAAAUUACCAAAGCAUCUCAGAAGAGCAGAGCCUGCUAAACCUCAGUCCCUCACUGGUGGCACCUAUAAUAUUAAGGCUGCAAAUGAGGCAGCUUAUCAGAGUGCUCAACCUCAGCUCUUACCCUGUGAAAACUGUGGUCGCACUUUUCUUCCUGAUCGUCUCCCUGUGCACCAAAGGAGUUGCAGACCAAAGGAUGGUGGCCUGGGCCCUUCAAGCUCUAACCCUCCUAAAUCUGUUAAAGGCCCUAGCUCUGGCCUUGUAUCUGCAGCAUGUACUGAUCAAUCUAGUAAAGUUCAACAAAAAAGUGGGACCAUACCAGACAAGCCACCAGCCAUCAGACGGCCACCCACUGUUGUUUGUUAUAUAUGUGGCCGUGAGUUUGGAACUAAAUCUAUUGGCAUCCAUGAACCACAAUGUCUGAAAAAAUGGCAUAACGAGAAUGACAUGCUACCCAAACAUUUACGAAGACCUGAACCUAAAAAGCCAGAAGUCAGAUCCUUAGGAGCCAAAGGUUUCUAUGAUCUUGAUGCUCUAAAUGAGGCUGCCUGGAACAGUGCCCAGAGCCAGUUAGUUCCAUGUGAUAUUUGUGGGCGUACUUUCCUGCCAGACAGACUGAUUGUCCACCAGCGAUCCUGUAAACCGAAACCAGCAAAGUAAAGUACCCCCCUCCCCCCUCAAACACACACCUUCCAGCCAAAGCAUUAAAGGAAUAAAAUCCUGCUUGGAAAUAAAAGGCAUAGCUCAGAGGCUCUGUAAAAUCACAGUGAUGUGGAAACAUGUUCAGAUCAUCUCCUUGGUAAAAACAACAGUAGCCACUAUAACAUAGGCCAAAUACAGUGAUUUUUUAGCACAUCAUUAUAGAAAUGGAAAACAUAUCUCAUCAUUUCUGUGCUCUGAGGGGUGCAGCACAGAGCUUAUAGUUCAGGGGUGCCAGUAAGGUGCCUUUAAGCCACCUCCUGAGCCUGUGCUAUUCUGGGGGGAUGUAGCGGGGCAGUCACCCCGCUCUGGCUCAGAAGGGGUUAAAAGCCAGCCCUUGGAGAGGGCCAGGGCUGAGAGAAAAGUCUAGGCUGAUUGGGCAAGCAGCCACAGCUGGGGCCAUGCCCCAAUCAGGCCACAGUUGGCCGUAUAAAAGGGCUGUGAGCCAACAGCUUAGGCCCCCCCCAAGGACCUGACUGCCUGGGAGCUGAGCAGGGUUCCUGAGAAGAGUAGUGCUGGGGAGCUUCAGCCUGGUAACUCCCCAGGCUGCAGGCCUUGUGCAAGGCCUACAGAGGUACUGGGACUGCAAAGGGAUAGCCUGGGGUUAGGCAAAGGCAGCGGGUCCUACCCCCUUGCUGAUGAUGAGUGGUUU